CCGGAAGUGCCAGUGCUCAGACAUGGCGGAGUACAGCCAGACCGGUCUGCUGGCGGCUCUGCUGCUCUUUACUUCUCUCACGCUGCGGGACCUCAGCAGAACCGGGACCGAGCCCGUUCACACCGGCAACGUGCUCCGGUUCCAGUACUGUAUCUCCUGAGGGUACAGUAAGGUGUAUCAGGAGUAUUCUCGUGCCAUCAGUCAGCUGUAUCCAGACAUCCGCAUCGAGGGAGAGAACUACCCCCCCGCCCCUUUCAACAGGUGUUUGGGCAGCCUGAUGUCGUACCUGAAAGUCGUCUCCAUCUUGCUGAUCGUCAGCGGUCAGAACGUGUUCGCCGCGCUCGGCGUCGACACGCCUCGAGCCUGGACCUGGAGUCAGGACAACAAGAUCUUCUCCUGUCUGAUGGCCUUCUUCUUCUGCAACAUGCUGGAGACGCACUUCCUGUCCACCGGAGCCUUCGAGGUCACGCUGAACGACGUGCCGGUCUGGUCCAAGCUGCAGGCGGGUUACGUACCGAACCUGCAGGAGAUCUUCCAGAUCCUCAACAAUCACCUGAAGAUCAACCAGGAACCAACCAGCUUCCCCUAGAACUGCUCAGGUCUUGGUGUGUGUCCCCUCUCUAGCGGAUCAGGUCUCGUUCUGGUCUCAUGAAGGUUCGGCCCUAAAGCUCUGCGGGUCCGACCGGAUGUUUCCUGCCAGAAAACGAGUCUCCUUCUCUGCUGGAGCAGCACUACACUUCCCACAAUGCACCUGCACAGCUGGAGGACUACACUUCCCACAAUGCACCUGCACAGCUGGAGGACUACACUUCCCACAAUGCACCUGCACAGCUGGAGGACUACACUUCCCACAAUGCAUCUGAAGGACUCCUGUAGUUUAUUUAUUGGUACAAUGUUAGCUUCAU